UCAGAGCGGAUCACUUCGGAGGCAAGAGAGAGAAGCGCUCGGCCGAACCAGUACGCAAACAUGUCGGAACCAAAAUACCAAGAGUGGAUCCUGGAGACCAUCGACUCUCUGCGCUCAAGAAAAGCCAGACCGGACCUGGAGAGGAUUUGCCGGAUGGUUCGAAGGAGACACGGGUCAGACCCGGACCAAACCAGGGCUGAACUAGAAAAACUGAUCCAGGAGCAAACUGUGCUGAAAGUUAGCUACAAGGGAUCCAUCUCGUACAGGAACGCAGCUAAAGUGCAGAGAAAAUGCAGAAAGAGACCUGAGCAAACCACCGACAGCAGCAGCGGCAGCGGCGAGUCAGUGGCAGAACAAACCAAACACGCCGCUUUCAGAAACACCGGCGACAGCAGCGCGCUCAGCCUCACGGACCAGGAGGAGGAGGAGUGCGGGGACAAGGAGCCCGAGGAGCCGCGGGUGAGCCCCAGUCCUGACCCCCUGCUUCAAUCCUCGCCCUCCACUCUCGAAAAGGAAGACAAGAUUUUACCACCACAUAGCGGAAACAGUUUGGUUAGUUGUGGCGCAACGGGCUGCUCUGCCGGGAGCGACAAAGCAAGUGCAUCGAAAGAGCGGAGAUCAGUGUCCGCGGCGGGGGGAGGCGGCUCUGGCCCCCUCGAUGCUUCAAGUGCCGAAGGAGAAGAGAUGUUGAGCGCGGGCCACGAGGGCACUGAUGAGGAGGAGAAGAAGGAGCAGAAAACUUGCUCGAGCGUCAGUUCGCCUCAGAAAAACAGGCUCUCUGCGUCCUCCAAACUCAAGCUGGGGGUGAAGGGCUCCGUUGUGCGCUGUUCCGAGUCCCCGGAGGAGAACAGUACCGAUCUGGGCGACAGAUUAGUGGAUGCUGUCCGAAGUAUGUCCGAGAGACACCGGGGCUCCGCCGCAACACGGGGCCACACACCGCCAGGGCUGAAAGAGAUACUCGACUACCUCUGCACACAGAAAGGGAUGCCUGGCGAGAAGCUGACCCGCAACCGCGUUAAAGUGGUGCUGGAGCGCGAGAUCGAGAGGGGUCGGCUGCGCAGGACCCGCCUCGGCCAUAUCACUCUUCCCGCGAGGGGGAUGGGGGCGGCCAAGCCGUCCGCGCGACUCCUGAAGAGCGCACUGCAGGACAGACAUCUCGCGAAAAAGGAAGAGGUGAAGGAUGAAGACGGGAUGGAGGUGGAGAGUGAGGGAAACGGCACAGAGGAGCAGACAGCGGAGGAUCUCCCCGAAACUGUCCCUGAUGAAGAUGGGAAAACUAGCAAUGAGCCGCCGUCACCCGAGAUGGAGGCCGAGUCUGAUCGUGCCACCAGAUCGCCCAUGAUGACAUGUGAAGGGGAAACCCAGAGUUCAUCAUCUCUGCAGCUGUCAAACCACUGCUCCAUACUGCAGCAGGCAGACGUGGGUGGAAGUCAAGAGCAGACAGUGCGUACUGAAGCUGAGGAUUCUGGGACAGAGAAACCCGCAGAUCCGUCUGAUCAGCGACAUCCCAGCGUGGAGGAUCAGAUGCUUGUUAUGUCAGAGACUGUAAAGGCUCCACCAUCGAUUCCUAUAAGAAACUGCUGUAAGCUGGAGGUGGGAGUUUCCUCAUGUCUGCUGACUCCCUCUGCUUCUCCAGGAGCAGCUGAAGAACGAGGGAUGAACGAAGGAAUAGGCUUUGUGAAGUCAGAGGCCAGUGAGGUGAGUCCGGUGGACUGGACAGUGGCAGAUGUGGCCAGCUACUUCACUGCGGCUGGGUUUCCAGAGCAGGCGCUCGCCUUUAGGACGCAGGAGAUUGAUGGGAAGUCCCUUCUUCUAAUGCAGAGGAAUGAUGUGCUGACAGGCCUGUCGAUCAGACUUGGCCCCGCCCUCAAGAUCUACGAAAGACACGUGAAGGUUUUACAGAAAACACAUUUCCAAGAUGACGAAGCUUUCUGCUGAUAGAGUCACACACUCGUGUAUGUAUGUGUGUGUGUGUGUGUGUAAAUAUACAUGUAUUAGGUCUUAUACAUGAAAAAGUAACCCGCACAUAAAUUUAACAAUAUUUACGUCAUACACAUAGUCAUGCUUACAAUGUAUAUAUACUUUCAAUCCGUAAUCCCAUGGCUAUUGGAAUACAAAUAUUUUAUCUGCAAAAACUGACUGGAAUGAACAGAAAUAAGCCAGAAGAGGAGUGUGUGGAGAGAAAGAAGACUAAAAGAGAAAUAUAAUGUUUUUUGUGUGUGGUAAGACUGUUUUGAGCAGGUAAUGCUGCUCCAAUGAAUGCCACUGUUUGGGUCGUGACCUUUGACCCUGAAUUCAUUUCAUGAGGUGGAUUUCUUCUGCAGAACCUCUUCAGUCCACUAGAGGGCAGAAUUUCAUUUUUUUAUGUAACCUCAAACAAAGACUGGAUGUUUUUCCACAGCGAAUAAUAAUAGUUAUUUGUUCAGAAACUGUCUGGCUACAGGUCUGGAGAUGUACAUUCUGAUUUGGAAAUUUGUUUUUGGAUGAUGAACUUUUUUGUAAUGGUCUUCCUUCAGUGAUGGACUACAACUCUGACAUUUUAAAACCAAACUGGAGCGUCUACUGUUCUCCCCAGUGUUUCUUGCGUCUUGCAUCGUUACGUCAGAAAAGACUGUGUAUGUUUAUGCAGAUCUCCUGCACACAGUCGACUGGGCUAGAGGAUCUCCCUUUAAAAGCUGCAAGUGAAUUUGACUCUGUUAAUCUCGGAUUCGCCAGCCAUAUUGUGGCCCACAUGUGGAAUAUCACCAUUGAUUACUGGGCAGACGUUUUGUAAAUAUAGAUCAUUUGGGUCAAGGUGAAGUCCAAGUUGCGAGGCAAUGGAGAUAUUCCUUCACCAGCAUUUGCAGAAUGUGUCUGAAUGUCCUUAAAUGCACAAAGUUUGUAAUCUAUAUAUAUAUCUGUAUGUCAACCCAUUAGAAAUUGCUGUAGUUGCAUAUCGUCGGGAACAAUUUGUGUAAAACAA